AUGUCUAAUCGAGACUCUAGUUCCUCCAGUGAACCCCGUCAAUUCGCCUUCGUGAACGCGAACAGCCAGUCGGAAUCUCGAAGUCAUGCUAUGCGUGAGCACUGGAAGCAGCGGAAUAGACGCAAGCAAGAGACAAAAUCCCAUCAUAGACGAGCGUCUCGAAAACUGCUUCCACGUUCUGAGCGGAACGGAGAUGCCUCCCAUCGCCAAGACAACACUACAGAUAGUUCUCCUGGGUGGCUAAAGGACCAAUCGGGCGACAACAGGGAGAAAGAUCUUAAUGUUGCGGCACAGCUUUUGUGCGGUGUUACCCGUGCUCUUUCGACUUCGCGGCCUGAUCCAUUUCAAACGUGUCCUGUCCGCCUCACAAGUCAGCACCAGAAACUUUUACACCAUUGGAUAUGCACCCACGCAGCGAUGAUGUUUGAAGAUCUGGAUGCCACUGAGUUCAAUCCAAUGAAGGACGUCUGGUUUCCCCUAGAUCUGUCUAAUGCUUCAUCUUUUAACUGCAUCAUGGCACAUUCUGCCGCCCACCUAGCUCACCUCUAUACCGGAACAUCUCCACGACGAGGUACAAAGUCCUCGGAUGCGUUAAAGUAUAAAGCAGAGGCAGUGAGAAUACUACGCUCUUGGCUGGUUGAUCCUGAGAAAGAGCUGAGUGAUGACGCUUUCGCUGCUGUUAUUCGCCUUCUUACAUUUGAGAGAUACUGGGGUACUGAUUUAGAAUGGAAAAUUCACCGCGACGGCUUGCAGAGAAUGAUUGAGGCCAGAGGCGGGGUUGAGGAACUACGUGACAACUGGCGGUUGGAACUUGUCGUCUAUCUCGUUUCUCUAAUGUCAAAACCGUCAUGGUUCGUGUCCACGAACAACCUCGAAGAAAUAUCCCACCCCCCGCAAUUUCGUAACGCCCAUCCAGACUUCCUAUCUCUCGACUUCCAAAAGGUUCGCUGUCUUUGGUUACUAUCUUUUAUCCAGGAUUUGCGAACCUUCAUGGGGUCGUUCUACGAAGUCCGACUGUCUCGUUUCGCGUCUCUCCAUACUGCAAUCAGGCUUUUACUUGACAACUUUCAGCCCUCCACUGAGACUACUUGUCAUGGCUCGUAUUCUCCCGGACUGGAAGAUGAAGUGCUGGAGUGUCUGUUUUCUAUCGGUGUCAUGUUGCAGGAGUCUAUAUCCCUUCUAUAUGAGGACACUCCUGAGCUGCUUGCUGCGUCGAAUACACUGACCAUGUUGGACACGGCCCUGAGAGAGUCCCGGGAUGCAUGGAGUCAUUCCGUUCACAACUUACGUCUUCUUUUAUAUCAAAGUCUGAAGACGUGCGACAAUGGGGGUUUCAAGGUCAAUUACGUCGUGGAAUUGGUCAGAGUUCUCGGUACAUUAAGCCUGGAGGCACGUCAAGGAAUUGAAAAAUGCCUUCUGAAUCUGUUCUACUCUUCAGAAGAAAGGGGGAAUAUGAUUUUUGUCGAUGACGGAUGGACACCCGACUCCCUGUUGUCAUCUAUGCACGGAAAUUAA